AUGGUGAUCUCCACAAACUCCUUUUACGGACCAGGUCCGGCUUCGGCCAUGGGAUUGUGGUCUGUGAACGUUAAUGAGGAUGCCCUACAAGAAAAAAGGAUGGCCGCAAGCGGCUUCUAUCAGCCUACCGUUCAAAUUGGAAUGGGAGAAAUUGUUAAACAGGAAGCGAGUGACGAUGUGCCUGAUCUAGAUGAAGACGAGUACUCGCCGCAAGGUAGCAUGAACCAGCCCUGGCUUACUGGCAUGCGUUUAUCGGUCGACCCCGCUUUCGACGUUCCUCCAGAGCUAGAACUUGGGUCGAGGCCCACUCAGCCUGACCGUUUUGCAAGGUUCUUACCCAAACCUUCUAUGGAUACCUUCGGCCAGGGCCUUGAUGUCCGUGGGCUGCACAGCACUUCGCCGGCUGUCUCAGGGACUACCCCGCUCGCCGAUACCGCUCGGACCUCCAGCGUCGACAGUCAGGUCAUGACCGGUGAGGGAGUUUGUGAAGGCAAUAUCACAUCAAAACGAGCAAAAAAUGCCGCGGCUGCCCGUCGCUCUCGCGCUCGGCAGACCAUUAGAGUGCAAACGCUCGAAGCAAAGCUCGACUCAAUGAGCACCGACAAUUUGUGUCUAAAGUACGAAGUCGAAAAAUUACGUGAACUAGUGACGCGGUUACAACAAAAGAUCGUAGACCAUGGGCUCGUUCUCGAAGAAAGCGAAAGACUAGAUCCAAAUCCAAAGUCUUCCGAAUCCUCGUCAUAA